CACUGGGGCCACAGAAGAGCACAAGUUGGCUCUCUGCAUCGUUCUGUGUGUUGUUGGGCUGUCAAUCCUCUCUGCCACCUGAGUAUUUGACCAGGUGUUUCUGCCCGCCGAGCUCUUAAGUCGAACGUCGCCGGUCCUCCAGGUAGCGUCCGCUGGUUUUCCUCGAAGUCUUAUCAGCGAUUCCGCGAGAUCGAGCGAAAAUACGUGCAGUAAACCCGUGGCAGAUUUAGAGCGUAUCCACCUGCAGUGAAUUGAACUAAAGUGAAUUUCCGCGCAAUUGUGCGUCGAUCGCAUCAGUGACGGUGACGCGUCGGAAGUGACGUUUGUGUGGGAACUGUAGCAACCGCCGGACCAAGCAGAGCCGCCAAGAAGACGGCGUUUGUUCUCUGUCGCCAGCGAAUCUUUCAAUUCGAGCAGUGAUCUAAUAUAGUAGGCGCGCAAGAUUAAUUUGGUGGCUCCAAGUUUCCUCGUUGAACAGUGAAGAUUGUGGUCGUUGGUGAAGAUGUCCAAGCUCAAGUUCUCGGCGCCACUUCCAAAGAUACUGAGGAACGGCGACGAAAUUGUCCUCAAGGUGAAGCUGAUGGAACACCCCGAAACAUACUCUAUAGAUUUCACCGAAGGCACUUGUCCAAGUGGAGAUAUUGUGUAUCGAAUUAAAGCAAAUCAAAAUUCCAUCUACCAAAAUUGUCGACAAAAUGGCAGCUGGAUGCUGGAGGAUAUUCCAGAUGAUAAUUACUUGGCGCAGGAAGAUGAAAAUGAAUUUACGGUUACCUUUCACUUCACCGAAGAAGAAAUUUAUAUAUACAGCGGAGAUGAAUCACGAAAUCUUGAAUAUAAUUUCCAAAGUCCUCUAUCGAUGUACUCUAUAGGGUGCGUUCACGUAUGGGAUGAUGUAGACCGUGUGAAAGAGAUCACAUUUCGUUACGCUGACUAAAUACUAUAUAUGCAUCGCAAUUGACCAUCUUCUAUUUUCAUCGACUUUACCAAAGAAACAAUAGAUCAUAAAGAUACCCAUUGAAUUUAUCAGCAUUAUAUGAAACCAGUGUCUUCACAGUGGAUAAAAUCUAAUUUUAUCUAAUAAAUAAUGUUCCACUAUAAUAUUGUAGAUUGUUCACAAAAUGGGCCAGAGGGCGGGAGAGGCACUUUCUUUUAACAUCUCCAAACCUAAGUGUAUUUCCAUAUUGAGCUUAAUCAAUGUGAGCACAGCAAAAAUGUUGUGUAAAAGUCAUUCCAGGAAAAUUAUUGGUCCUAUCAUAUUAUUCCAAAAGAAAGCUUCACUCUCUAAAGUGGGUAUAUUUGAAAUUACUAAGAAAAAGUUCUAUUCUUUUGUUAAUAAUGAUAUUUUCUAGAUUUCGACAUACUUAUUAUAGUUUAACGAGGGAAAAUUUGAUGCCAAUCCUUCUUAAACUUGGGAUAAAUUGGUCUUUUGAAAAAUGUUCCCUGGUGAUAUCUAAUUUUCAUAUCUAAUAAUGAAAAAGGAUGGGAAUGGCAAGAAUAAAUAACAUACAUAGACUCACUUCCAAAAUCACCGCCAUGAUCUUCUGGCCACUUCGAUUCAUGUUUCCAAAUUAGUUUUUCUCAGCCAGUAGUUCUAGCAUUUCUAGCACUGUAUUUCAGAAACAUUAAAUUAAUUUAUUUAAUAUCACGUAAAAGUAUUAAUUUUUAGUGCAUUAGAUUGUUUGUAAGAAACCCACUAUUCGCAAACUAUACACUGUAAGUUAGAAAUUGUAGUUCAACGAUGAAGUUAGUAAACAAGUAGGAAGUUAGUGCGCUUUAUAAACCGAAAUAUGGAAACAGUUCGCCAGUUUCGGCGACUUUUGUUGAUUAUUACCACUUGAACCAAUUGUGCCUUUUGAGCAGCUCUUGUACAAGUUUAUUUAUAAAAAUAGUUUCUUUUUAAUUUAUAUAAUAUUAUAUAUGCGUUUUUAUCGCUUAACGUGACUUUGUGAAUAAAGUGAUUUGAAAUAAAAUUUUUAAUUGAA